GUUUAAUGGAUGCCGUUCCCUGAGAAAUGCUGAACCCCACGGAUGAAAAAGAGCCACGUCAGAGGCAGUGCGCAAGCAGAACUCAAGAAGGCAGACGUGGCAAGAUUGGUGUGUUUGUGUGUGUAUGUGUUUUGGCAUCCUUCGACAUAGCCUAGGUCCGUAAAGAUUCUCUCGCUCACCAGCAUGUCAACGAAUCUGAGCUUCGCACGUUUGUUUUGUGUCAAAAGCUCCGCACGACACAUGGCGAGACCAGGAACACUUACGACCUACGACUGGCACCUGAAUUUCAUGGCACCUGCCGUGGGCGAAGAUGCAAAAUUGGCCACAUCAACCUUGUAUGAAGAGAAUGUGCAUUUUGGCACUCAUUUGGAGGUCUGGGGUAGCUGGUACGACAUGGAGAAGAGAUGCUGGGGUUAUGCCUGCUGCAGGGUGACCAGGCAGCAACAGAGGCGCUGCCCAAAGACGGCACCAUAUGCAGAAGGCGAAGAGGAGGAGGAGGAGGACAUGGAGGUGAAGGUGAGCCGUCGAAUGGCGGAGCUCUUGGAGAAGAAUCCCUCCUUCACCGGGGACGUGCCCACGCCCGACCAGGAGAAGGACUGGAGCGAUGCCGAGCUGAAGAACUUCAUCCACAGCAAUGGGCUCAUCAGACCGGCCAGGACAAAGGGCCAGCAAAAGCCGGAGCCAACUGCGGCUGAUUGGAAGGUCUUGGAGUUGGAACCUGGGGCUGAUCCUGCCCAGCUGAAGAAGGCCUACCGACGCUUGGCCUUGCUCUACCACCCCGACAAGCAGAGAAAUGAAAAGGACAAGGCCUCCGCAACGGAGAAGUUUCGCAAGGUGGUGGAGGCCUACGAGGCCAUUGCCGGACAUGUGGCAGAGAUCCCUGCAGUGGCCGCGACAGAAGGCGUGCGAAAGCGGCGCUGGCGCAUCGUCAUAGUGGAAUGAAUCCGCGAGAAAAAGAGAUGCUUUCAACUUUCAGCUGCUUGGAUCUGCGAAACACAUCCGAAUGAUUUGUUUCCCGAAUAGUUUUGCACUUCCCGAAUAGCUUUGCACUCUUCGAAUCCAGCUC